UUCUCUACGUGAAACGCCGAUCUAGACGUCUGCGCCCAGCUGUCUCUUCUCCCGGACGAUUGGCCCACUCCCUACUUGUGUGUUGGGCUCCUCAUGUAUAUUAUUUAAUUUCUCCUUAUGUCCCGAAUGCUUUAGUUUGUUGCUACCGUUACAAAUAGUGUUAUAGCUUCAUUCGGUUGUUUUUUGUGGUGGUUUGGGUGAUUUUGGGUUCUUUGCAGUAGCCUAAUUUUGCAUGUUCUCUGAUGUCUGUAAUGUUUGGGUCGAUGCAAGCGCAGCCCAAGGUAUCUUCAGACCCAACGCCUUGUUCGGGGCCCUCGUGUUCUGGCGAGUCCACGUUAAGCGAUCAGGGCGUUUUUGCGGCCACAGACAUGAGCGUAGUAGAGAUGACGGAGGUAGAGUACACUCAGCUCCAGCAAAUUCUCUAUUCGCACAUGGAGGCUCAAGCCGGCGAGGGCGAAAUGGAAAACAGGUUAAACUCUUCUUCUUUCUUCACGUCCGGUAACCUGACGAACCAUCCCCAAUAUCAGCCGCCCAGCAUGAACCAGCACAGCUUCCCCGGCAGCUGCUCAGGAGGGCAAAAUGUCCACUCCGUCAUAUGUCAGUCGUCUGCGGCUUCUGAGGCCAAUCCUUUGGGACCCUCGGACUUCCAGGACCUGAGGAUGGUGAUGUUGGGGGAAUCGAACGCGCCCUUAAACAGCGGCAACCAAGCCGAGAGGACGCCGGGGGGAAACUGCAGGGAGCUUUUGGGGCUGCAAGUGCGACACCCCGACAAUGCAGGCGCUGCCAACAAAGAAAACGAAAACCUGGUAUCCGCGUGCGAAGCUCGCUGUAAAUCCGCCGUCCGCGUUCGUCUGGAGGACAGAUUCAACAGUAUCCGGGCUGAAAUGCCCCGGGCACAGGAACAGCAGGAGUCCGGGGUCACCUUGAGCAAUCUGGUGACCCUCAUCCGCCAUCCCUCGCAACUUAUGGGAGUCCAACAGCAGAGCAAGUGCACAGGGCUGCUGAAGAGCAAAACACCGGCGGGCGGUUCAGCUCUCCCGUUUGGAUACCCUGUUUUCGGAAGUGCUGCGGGUUCGACCCCUGGGGCUCCCCAAACCCAGACCAGCGUCUGCCCCCACAUAGAGGCAGCCAAGCAGCAGGCGAUGUCUCUUCCCAGAACCGUCUCCAUUUGCUACCAGCAAGAAAACGAAUCGAGCAAACACGAUAUCGAUCCUCGAAAUAAAGUUCUCACGGAUCAGCUGUGGCUUAAAGUGGGAGAAGCUCUGCGCAAACAAAACAUAAGCAAGAGAGGCCGCACUCGGAUACGCCAGCCGGACGCCAGCGCUGAAAGGAAGGUUCUUAGCAACAUACAGAAUAUAUCGGAUGCGCCAGCAGCCGCUUGGUCGUCUGCGCAAGCAAAUAACGAGAGCGCAGCUGGCGGCCGGCAACCCCUGGCAGGUUCAUCUCAACGCAGAGAGAAACACAACCGCAUGGAGAGGGAUAGAAGACGCAGAAUAAGGAUUUGCUGCGACGAAUUGAACAGUUUGGUUCCGUUUUGUAACAGCGACACCGAUAAAGCCUCGACUUUACAAUGGACCACGGCGUUCCUGAAAUACAUUCAGGAGAGGCACGGCGAUUCCUUGAAGAAGGAAUUUGAAAGUGUGUUUUGUGGCAAAACAGGAGGACGAUUAAAAGCAAACAGAUCAGAUGUUUUCAGAGCCGGACUGGCUCAGGAGGCAGUUCCCAGCAGCUCGCACACCGUCAUGCAGUAAUCACCAGGCAGUGUGCCUUCUAACGCCAGGCGGCGCCCGGAUUACGUCUCGCGUCCUCUGGUUUAUUUAAAUAUUCGAUAACAGCGAGACAAAUCUUCAGGCCGUAAACUGCCGUUUCCUAUUAGAAAUCUCCAAAAGCGUUAUACGUAGGACUUUGCUUUGGCAAAAUGUUUUUAGUCUUAAAUAGAAAAAAAUUCCCCUCGCAAACCGACUUAUUAUUGUAAUAG